AUGCUUGCCCGUCACCUCCUCGCCCUCGCCCUCGCGGCUUGGACUCCUCUCGCUGCCGGCAAGCCCACGUUGGCCGAACCUCCAGGGACGUCGUCUGCCACGGCCGAAUGGUGGCUAUGCGACCUGAUCGGAUGUGCCGUUGAGACGACGGUCACGGUGACUAAAUGGCGAACCGCCACCACCACCGCGUCUACCACCUGUACGGCAUCGCAGACGUGCGAGCUUGGCUCGGCGUCCCCCAUCACUAGUAGCAACAGCAUCGCCACCACCAUGUCCGGCAAGGACACCAGAACUACGUCCGGUAUUUCCGCCACCUCGGCUCUUACUUCGUCGUCCAUCUCCUCGGAGGUUACAGUCUCUACCGCCACCACGUAUAGCCCCUCGUUGAGUCUCACCUCGACGUCUAUCACGACAGGCGCCCCGACAUCAGACCUCACGUCGUCGUCCGUCGCGGGUAGUGUCCCGAGCUCAUCCAAGAUUUGGACUUCCAUCACCAAUAGCACCUCCAAGCCCAGCACCACCACCGUCAGCAGCCGUUGGUUCAACACGACUCGGACGUCCGAUGUGACUACCACCACCACCAUCACCACCCCAACGUGGAACAUUACACCCUCCUCAGCUUCAAGCAGCAUUCUGACCUCUCCCGCGCCGGGAUCCCGCAUCGUGAACGGCACCACCAGAAUCACUCCCAGCACGAUGGCCACGCCAACCGCAAGCUUCACCUCGACCCCCAUCACCAGCACCAGCACCAGCACCAGCACCACCGGCACCAGGACCCCGGUCCCUCCCUCCAAGCUCCAGCCCUUCGAGUGCCUCACAGACGCCUACCUCAUCCAGUUCAAGACCCUCCUCCAAGUCAACCUCCGCACCGGCGCGCGCCGCGUCCUCGCCACCGGCGUGGGUGUUGGGGGCGGUGGGGGCGACGGGUCGUCGUCCCACGCCGCCUCCUCCUCCGUGGGGGACAUCAACUCGGUCGGCUACAACCCCCUCGACAACUACCUCUACGGCACUCAGGGCCAGACCCUCCUGCGCAUCGGCCGCGACGGCCGCACCGAGCCCGUCCUCGCCCUCCCCUCCCCCGCCAACCUCGGCGACGUCGACCUCGCCGGGCAGUACUUCUUCAGCGACUCGGGCGCCUCCUGGGGCCAAGUCGACCUCGCGCCCGGCUCCCGCCGCUAUGGGCAGCUCGUCGCCGCCGGAAACGCCACGCACGGCGGGCUCAGGAGGCUCGCCGACUGGGCCUUCACGCCGGCGCACCCAGAGUACGCGUACAGCGUCGGCGUCGACAACAAGCACGCGCCCGUGCUGGCCCGCUGGUCGACCCAGACUCACGAGUGGGAGACGCUGCGCAGGUACGGAGACGGAAACUUCAGGGCGACUCUCUUUGGUGCCGUCAUGGCCACGUCGGACGGCGUCGUGUACGCUUCGGACAAUGCCAGCGGCCAGCUGUUCCGGUUCCCUCUGAAGGAUCUCGCCAGCGCGUCCAAGGCGGGCGUCGGUCCGCGCGCGAGUUCCAACGACGGUGCUCGAUGUGCUCUUGCGCCCGAUGCCGCCGAGUAGACAAACAGCUUGGUCAGGGGCCGUCUGCCUGUCCUGUCCUUGGCCCCUACGCAGAGUAGAGUCGACAGCCGGAUUGAUGGCUCACCUUUGACAUAGCUCGGUGGAAUAGCACAGACUUUUG